CUUUCCUUCCAAGGAGUAUAGCCUCCCCCCCUUUAAGGUGCUUUGAUUUAGUGCAUCAUAAGUCUUUUUAUUUAAAAUGUAAAAUCUCACAUUCACUACUUCAUUCUUUAUGAUUUAAUUGGCUGGACAUGAUUAACCAUCCACAGACAACAAUGGUAUGUUUUUAUUUAUAAAGCUUCUUAUUAAACCCCUAGCAUGCCUCAGUAACCUACUUUCAAGUGUUUGUUCCCAGGGCUUUGACAGAUUUUGGGAAAAUAGUGUUUUCUCACCAUGCUGGAUGGUCAUAGAAUGAUUUACAAAAAAUUAUUUAAGUUAAAACACGCACUAGCAUUAAUAAUUUCAAGACUAUCAAAAAACGUAGUGUAGAACAUCACCACUUUUCUUGAAGAGUAACUUCAUUGGACUUCCUGGUUGAAGCAAGGUAUCUAAAAAUUUAAAAUGUUUUAAAAAUCUCUUUAAGGACACAGUGGAAAUUAAGUUUUAAUAGUUAUAUUGUUUUCCUAGUAAUCUUUCUUCUUUUUUUACAAGUAAUAAUGUAAUUUUUAUUAAUAGAUUCUAAACAGGUGAUGCUUCAUUAUAUGUUACAUCUACUUGCCAUACCGAGGCCAGACGUAGCCUUGAUGGCGUCACUUCAACGGGUUCUUGCGCAGUUUAGCGCGGAUUUUUAAAAGAGCAAUCUCCUGUUUACACUGUCCAACUUGUUGUGGAGCUACGUUAAAUAUUUUAAUCCGAAUAUACAAACAAAUAACUUUUUUUUCCGUUCAUUGUUUCCUUUUUUGGGGAACAAAUGAUGACGCCAUUAAAAGGCACCAAACUGUAAUGUUAGCCAGCGGUUACCAGUUACUGAGCCGAAUCGUCCCUGACCUACAACAGUUAAAUAUUUGUAUUUUGUGGUAAAGUACUAAUUCUAACGUACAAUUGCUGUACUUCAUUGACUGGUGUGAAUCAUUUUAGUUGUGGGAAAGCUAUCGAGGUAAACAAGCUAGCAUGAGCUAACGGACGGGGCUGCUGAGCUAACUGUUAGUGAUGGAGAGCAGCUCGUCUUGUUCUUCGAUGGUAGCUGAUUUUCCUCAGGAGUCUUUCCUUCAGAGGACGUUGGAGCGAUUAUCUUCCACUCAAAGCCUGGAACUCACAGCUGAGGAGGCGGUUCCUGUCGCUGUUGUUGCCCUUCAGAGGUACCUGUCCGAGCCGACAGAUGGUCAACACCACGAGCAGCAGCUCGACAGCUACAGCUACGAUGUGACGAUCACAGACGGACUUUGGCGAGCCAAAUGCGUCCUUCACCCCAGCCUGAACCAGCUGGUGCACAGAAACACCCUGAGGACUGGGACUGACAUCAGCGUCAGGCAGUGCUCUUUUAUUUACAACGAGAGGAGACUGGGACAUGGUUAUAUUUGCAUCGAGAAGCUCGGAUGCAGCGCAGAGACGUCCUCUGUCCUGCCCCGCAUUAACAACAUCACCUCACUGCCUAUAUUGGUAAAACAUGGCAUGGAGAGAAACGUGGUGCUCCAGAGUGAUGUUCCCCUUCAGGUGAGCCGGAAACACUACCUGUCUCUGUGGAACAACGACGACCCGGAGGGAGACAUGUGGACCACAGGGUAUGCUUCACCAGAUCCAGUCCUGGACGUGUCCAAGGUUACUCUUCUUAGUACUCUGGAGUCAUCCUUUAGAGUCUCUUGGAAACCUCUCCCUCUCCUGGUGAAGAUAAUCCACAAAUCCAGGUUAAGGUAUUAUGGGAAAUUCGGGCUCAGGAUUGAUUACCCCUACCAGGCUUACUUUGAAGUCGCCGACCAGAGCGGCACAAUGUCACUUGUGCUUUGGAACGAGCUCUGUCCUGAGUAUUACCAGAGGAUGAAUGUUGGCGCUGUGUUGUACCUGCAAAACUACACUUUGAAGCAGAGUUAUUCAAACAGAUCCCGUCCACAAAUGGACCACCACCGAAUGAAAAGCUUCACCUCUGUAGAAAUCUGUCUGAACCCUCGUAACCCAGCUGCAGUCAUCACUGUGGUUUCACAGAAGAGUGUCCUUCCACAGUGGGGGCUGCCAGAGGUGUCCUACCAGUUCACCACCAGGUCGGAGCUGGAGACAUUUUCCAAUGGUUCAGCUUGUGACGUCAUUGGUUUGGUAACAUUUGUUGGCCGUAUCGAAAGAGUCAAGAGUAAAGUGAACAAAGCUCCAGAAAAAUACUGGACAUAUCGCUGGGUCCACGCAGUGGAUGGAACGUCUGACCACCCUUUUAUACUGGAGCUUUUUUCCUCGUCGCAACCUGAAAUCUUCAAUCAGAUCUGUCCAAUGACCUACCUUGUUAGCACUCAGAUGAGGGUUUGUCAGGUGGAAGGUUCCUUGCCAUACCUCACAAGCAGCUGUGAAACUGAGAUCUUCAUCACAGGGUACCACAAGGGCCAGCCAUAUGUGAAUGACCCCAGAGUGAAGAGCUUCAUUCAGUGGACCAAGACUCUGAAGGACAACACUGUCCUCCAAAAAACAGCCAUUGGUGGCCAUUAUUGCUACCCUCCUCCCCCACAGAUAUUUGCACAGUCAGCGACAGAUGCGUCAGGUCAAGUUCCUUUGGUGGCUGCAUCUGACCUGAAGAGGGAGCUAGAGAGCCUUCAAUAUAGGGAGCAUAAAAAACUAGCCAUUCAGGGACAGAUCACAGCAGUGCGCUUCACGAAAAACCCAAAGACAACAGAAGAAGGGAGAGAGGUAUCUAAUGAGCCUGAACGUGGUGCAUCAGACACACACAAUGAUCCCUCAGCGGCUCAGCCAGCUACAGAAGACUGUCCAAUAUCGCCCUCUUCUGGUGAGAGCCAAGCUAACACAAGGAAAAGAAGACCUCUGUUCAGUAAAGCCACACCUUCCUCCUUAAAUCGUGCCAGCACCCCAGCUAAAAGGCUGGACUACAAAAACUCAAAAGAAAAUGAAGAGCAGGAGGACGAGGAGUCAGACUCUGCAUAUGAGGAGGUUCGGUAUGAGCAGCAGGAAUGUCAGGACUCCCUGGCUCUGUCCUGGAAGAGCAGCAGCUGGUCAAAGCAGCGAGAACAAAUCUCAGAGCAUUUGCAUCAAGGCGGCCUGCAUCCGGACAGCCUCUCUCAUAGGUUCACCUUUGAUGAGAAGAGCGCUCUCCUGCAGUGGAGUAACCUUCAGCCAACACGGUGGACGUCACAGAUAGCUGCCAGAGACGCACUCCCACGUGUGCCCUACCCGGGACACUACCAGCUGACGAUACUCGGUAUUAACAAGCAGAUAGCUGUCGACGCAGCGUUUCUCCCUGUUGUGCGCUCCGACGACCCCCGGGCUGUUGGUCUUUCACAAGAUCCCCAUGACAACUCGAUGCUUUCCUGCCUUUCAUCAGGUUUUCUCUGUUCCCUCAGCAGCACAGCCACAGACAGACAAUUGACUCUCCGUGAGUCAGAGAUCUUGGCAACUGCCCAGGAGCUGGAGGACACACAUGUGGUGUGUGUUCUGGAUCUGUGUCAGCUGGGUGAAGAUAAAGUGGAGGUCCUCAUCAACAAGGUGUACAGAGUGACAGAUGUUAAUACUAUGUGAGUGAAUGCUCGACUAGAUAACAGACAUUUGUCUUACAAUCAAUGGCAAUUAUGUACAUUAAUUUUUCAUACAAAAAGUCAGAAUAAUUUAUGUAAUGUAAUUGUAUUUUUUAUGAUUAAAAUACUGAAAUACAUAGACAA